AUGAAAGUAACAUGUGUGCUGUUGUUGUGGCUAGUCGGGUUGUUGGUGGUUGUAGAAGCCAAGAAUUACUUUGCCAGAAUACCGGAAGGUAAGUUUAUAGAUAUUUUGAAAACGGUUAAUGGUUUGCCUUAUGAAUAUUUAAAAAAUCGCUUUAAAAUGAAGCAGGUCGAAAUUCGAACGUCGAAGUAAAAAGAAAAAUUUUUUUGAAGAAAAACCUAGAGUACGCAAUUAGUGUGACGUAUUUUACUAAAAUGAUAAUAAAAAAAUAAAAUUUAUUUAUCAAAUAUCAGUAAAAAGUUAUCAAAAUCUAAACUCCUUCCUUAUAUUGUCCCUUACUGUAACAAAUUAUCUCACUAUGGAUAAACCUGUCAAAGCGGGAAAUUUUAAUUUUUAAAAGUAUUACAUAUACUCAAUAGCCGUAUCAUAUCAUUGAAGGGCAUAGUAUCGUCCAUAAAGUAUUCUAAAAAGCUUACUUUUUGCUUUUCCAAAUUUCACAUUUUUAUUUGUAAAUUUAAAAAAAAUGUUGGCUCACCUAUAUUUGGACAAAUUUAUAAUCUACAAGACACUUCUAGAUGCUAAAACAAGACGAAUCAAUGAGACUUUAAGCCGAGAAUUGGCUAUAAAAUGUGGAAGAUCGACUGGUCAUAAAAUUAAAGACAAUCAUGGAAGGUUAUACCCUUGGGCUGUCUCAAUUACACUUCACGUAAGAUAAAUAACUUUGAUAGAGGAUAGCCUUAUUUAAUCCUAAUAUAGUAACAUAUAAUCUUUUUUAGCAUAAAUACUAUAGUAAAACAUAAGCUUUUUAAAUCAUACUAUAAUAAAGUACAACUGUCUUAAUCAUACUAUAAUAAAGUGUAAGCUUAUUUGAAACCCAACAGUUUACAAAUCUUUCUUAAAACCUUAUCUUUUCAGGGCAAGAACACCUUGGGUGGUGCCAUAAUCUCGCCGUACCAUAUCAUAACCGCCGCUCAUGGCUUCUUGAGAUUUGAUGCUGGGCAUCCUGGACCGUGCUUGUAGGUAUUCAGCUCUGUUAUACUAGAUAUUCUUGGAAUAAGUUUGACGUUUUUAGUCUUCAUGCACACUAUGUAUAUAUAAGGUUGUUCAUAUAAUUUUUUGCCCCCUGUUAAAGCCAAUUUGCGUGGUUAGGACACAAAAUUAUAUGAACAACCCAACAGUUUGAAAGUUUUAGAGUAACAAACUACAAGAACGACAGUGAAGUACUGAUUAGAAAAGUAGCCUACGGUGAUGACUGUAUUCGAGCUGGGCAUACGAACUUGAGUAGGCACAACCUUUGUGAACAUACCAUUGGAAAGACAAAGAAUGUAAGCGCAGAACAAAGUCCUUCUACCUAAAAAACCUAAAAUAUGUUUUUGUUGAAAAACAGAAUGAAUAUGCCUUCUCUAGUGAUAUUUUUGAUCAUUAGACCUUUCCCCGUCCUCAUCCAACUCCCUCACCCAAAUUAGAAUCCCUUAUUCAGCACUGUUGUAGUAUAUAUGUUUGAAUAAAAUACUAUUCUAGAUCCGAAUGGUAGCUAUAGAUCACGGUUUUGCUAUGGGAUUGUGUCAGGAAGGUCACGAUUGGGCUAUAAUUGAGUUGGACGAACCAAUUCAGUUUGAUAACUAUACGUUACCUAUUUGUCUGCCAUUUCCAUCACAACCAGUACAACAAGUUGUUACUGCGAUCAGUUGGGGCAGGACUAGCAGUAAGUUUUCUUACUGUAGACUUUGUUUAUAGUCAACCAGAAGAAAAAAAGAGUGUUUGAUUUUACUUUUUUGGGUGGGGUGAUUUUGGUCUAGGGGUGGAUCAGAAAACAUUUUUUCAUUUUUUUAUAUUACCAACUUUACCAUAAUAUAAUUCUACAAUAUAACAUGUUACUUUAAGUCUACUACGAAAGUGACCCUCUGAUCCGUGAGAUUCCGAUGCAAACAGAUGUAUCGUGCUCGGCUCCAUGGUCCGACCAGAUGCCGACCAAAGUCAUGGACUAUCUCUGUGCCAAAUCCCUCAGUCCAGCCAAUUGGAACUCGAAACGGACUUGUCAUGGUGAUUCUGGAUCCGGACUACAACAAGUCGACUAUAAUGGUCUCUACACUUUGGUCGGUAUAACAUCGUUCGGAUCGGUCGGAUGUCCUCCGAAUGAAUUGGCACGAUUCACCAGGGUCUCCAGCUAUCUUGAGGACAUUUGCGAACUUACUGGGGUUUGCUACACUGUUUAG